AUGCCAAAGCGCAAGCUCACAUCGACCGAUGAGGGCUCUAAUGCUCUUCCUAACAACGACAGAGCACAACCUCGGCCAUUGAAACGUGUGCGCAUCGCGAACAAAGCACAUAACCCGCCCGAUCGCGAUAUACUCACUACAAUAUCUUCCGAACUUCUCCUCCGGAUUUUAUCCUUCCUGUCGUCCUCCGAGCUUCUCGACAUAUCCCCCACUUCACAUCGCCUUUACCGCCUUGCCUCAGACCCUCACCUCUGGCGCGAACAUUACUACGAGCGUUUUGUCCUCCCGCGUGCCUUACGUAUACCUGGGUUUCGUGUCGGUGGAGCUGGUGGUACCAAACUUCAGUAUUCUUCGCGACGAGCUGUCUGGGCGGAUGGACGAAAAGGACGAGCACCAGAGGACGAGGUUCCGAGAGAGAGCAACGAGAGCGAGAGCGUCGACUGGAAGAGGCAGUACAAGCUGCGCCACAACUGGGCCAGAGGAAAAUGUGCAGUGGAGGAAGUCAGUGUGCGAGAUGCGCCGGAAGAGAAUGAAGGGCAAAAGAGGACUUUGGUCAAGGUUGUUGAGGGCAUCGCUAUAACGGCCGAUUUGGAAUCUGGACUGCGCGCAUGGGAUCUUCGAACACGGCGAGCGAUAGCACAACUCGACUUUCACGACGAUGACGAACGCAACGGCAGUGCACCAACAUCAUUGGCAGUGGACGAAAGCAGCCCUGGAAGCAUGGUGGAGAUCAUAGUGGGCUUCGCGGAUGGCGGCUUCGGACUUUGGCGGUUGAAUCUUGACGAAAACGAACUGAUAAGGAGGUAUCGACACGAGAAAAGUUGCAAUGGAGAACUUGCAGCAGUUGCUUGCGGUUAUCCUUAUGUCCUAACAGCGACCACUGCUGGCUUAAUAUCGCUCUACACGUUCAACCGACCAGCUGCCAAGCCUACCGACAACCUCAUAAAGCAUGUACGUGAGGCUGGUCAAAUGUCGACCCAUGGAGUAAAAGAAGACCGAGCGAAAGACCAGACUGCAAAGACAAAGCUGCCGCCGCCCUUUUUACUCACAUCCCUCAAGUCGCACACCACCCACCUGCCGCUUGCUUUAUCGAUACGACGCAUGUCGUCCUCCGUGAGCGCCUCUAUCGCCUACACUUUCUCUGUCCGCGAUGGCUGGUGCAUCGGCGUUCAAGAUCUACUCAUAACGCCGUCCCCCGAUGGCUCCGGAGUCGAGACACUGACCUCUCGCCUUGCGUCGACGCUUCCCAUUUCAACCUCAGGUGGCGCCGACUCGCCUCGAACCAAUGAAUCACAGUCCGAGCUUACGACACUCUGCUACAGCCACCCAUACCUUCUCGCCACGCUUCCAGACAACACGCUUGUCCUGUACCUUUGCACAUCAACAGCGAAACUCUUCUCACUGUCUCCUGGCAUCCGCCUAUGGGGCCAUACCUCAGGCAUUUCAGACGCUGAGAUCACACCGCGGGGUAAGGCUGUGAGCAUUAGCACGCGGGGUGAUGAGAUACGCGUAUGGGAACUCGAGGGCCGCGUUGGAGGCAGCAGCAUCGAGGUACGACCUACCAGCAGGCAGCCAGCCGAUGACGCGGACAGCCCUACACCUACGCCGCGGGCCAAGUGGGAGGAUCGUAGGAAUUGGGUUGGUUUCGACGACGAAAUGGUCAUUGUUCUCAAAGAGGCGCGAAACGGUCGCGAGAGUCUGAUGGUCUAUGACUUCACAUGA